AUGCAUUUUAAGGACUUCACUUUAGAACUUUUGGUAAAUGGACAACCUUUAGAAGAGCAUGAUCUACCCUUUAGCGAAAUCAAUGAGAUUAAUUACGAAAGAACGUAUGUCGUGAACAAAACCUCUAAUGGAUGCGAAUACAGUGAUCUUGUCACUUAUGCGGUGGUGACAGAACCCGGUGUAAAAUACGAGAUUCGAUAUUCCGCUAGAAAUGCUAGCGAAAAGAAUCCAAUAAUGACCCAUACAUAUAUAGAUGGAAACUUUGAUGAUACUUGUCGUACCCUUACAAAUUCUUCCUUUAGAGUACAAAAAUCGUUCCAUAAUGCAAAUGGGAGCAAGGAGUUUGAUUUCAGAUUUGCCAACACAAUUUGGGCUGAAAAUGAUGAGUCCCAAGGAAUUUCAAUAGUUGGGACCCCAGGUUGUAUUACCACUAAAUUUUAUGAUGCAACUAAGGCUACAAAGAAAAUGGUUUACAACAUAAAAGGACACGAUGGCGUUCAAAUUAAAGUCCCAGAGUUAAAGAAAAAUUUGAAUGUUGGUAUUACCACGGCAUUUGAAGAGAGAGAAGGUAGAGGUUUGGGGGAAUCUAAAUAUACACGCACAAACAAACGCCCAAUAGCCUGUCUGUGCCUUCACUAUCGUCCCGCGUCGUGGUUCCUUCUCCGCGGUUUAAAUUUGCCAACACAGGAACAUGGAAGUCUUUCCAUCGGCGAUUCUAUGGUUGAAACGAAGGAGGAUGUAAAGGAAGAAAUUAACCGCGGAAACAACUUGGCAAAGCGGUCGAGAGAAGUGAUUGUUGUGAAAGACGAAGAUUGUGAAAUUAUUGAUUUUACUUCAUUCUCUCCAUCUAAAAGAGUAAAGCCCGAACCAACUGUCUAUAUAUUGGAUUCGGAUGAUGACGAAAACAAGGCAUUUUGA